CCAUGCGCAACAUACUGCGGACGCACCGACAGGCUGUUGGCUGUUGGUAUAAGGGUCUUCUCUGAGAGGGGCAGGUGCACCCUUCAAGCCAAGACUUGUCAAUGUCGCGGAAAACAGUCGCGUUGUUGAAUACCGGUGUUCACUCAUCUUACCAUGUCGACUUUUUCUGGCGACCACAUACAACCAUCUGUUAACGGGAUUAUUGAGAGCAACAAGAGAAAACAGCGGGCCCAACAGCAAUCGAGACAGUUGCUAUCUUGUACGAAGUGCCGUGAGAGGAAAGUUAAGUGUGAUCGAACCAAGCCCUGCUCAGCAUGCUGCGCUCGUGGAGCACCCAAGGAGUGUCACUUCGUCGCAGAAGGAGGCGACUAUGCACCAAUCCAACAAUCAUAUGAACUUCGCAAGCUGCGUACUGAGAACAUGCUCCUGAAGGAACGGUUACGCGCCAACCAAAUACCCAUCGACGAAGAUGACUCGGAUACAACGACUUCCCCAGACUCCCAGCUUGGCGAAAGACCGACUAGUUCAUCACAAAAACGACGAGUUGUAAAACAGAGGCGAUUCCAGGGUUCGGAACGGACUGAUUCUAUUUACUUUGGUAGCCCUGGACUUGCCAAUGUCAUUGCGGAUUUUGCUGCUGCAAACCUUACUCCAACGUCGGCGCAGUCUUUGGCAUAUCUCAUGCCACGUGGUCAAGAUGCGUAUACGCCCAAAACCCCACUUCCUGACCCAUUUGCAACCUUGUUUUCCGCCACACCGGAUCAAUGUAUUCCACAAUUAUUGAAAAUCCUGCCUGCGGAUGAACAUCUUCUGGAAUAUCUGGACGCCUUCGAAAGGCGCAUCACAGUCUGUUCAUUUCCUCAGGUAUCCAUCGAGAUCACCAAGAGCGAGGUUGAACGAUUCCUUUCUGAUAGGCGGAAAAACGCAGCCAUGUGCCCUGAUAUGCUGGCGCUUCUCUUUGCAGCUAUGGCGUUGGGUGCACAACAUUCUGUGUGGGACAGAGGUGGUGGACAGUGGAACGCCAACAUUAUAGAUGAAGAGACGCAGAAGGGGAACGUGUACAUUGCAGCCGCGAUGCAAGCCCUACGAAUGUCAUCCUUCAUGCAUAAACCAACGAUUCUGGGAAUCGAAACCCUCAUUAUGAUUGGGCCUUACUUGACACACUCUGGAAGACACAUGGAAGCGUGGACACUGUUCGGCACUACCAUCCGAAUGGCUCAGGCUAUUGGUCUCCACCGAAACCCAAAAUACCUCAAUCCGGCUCCUCCGACGCAAAGAGAAUGCGCUAUCCGCCAAACACUCUGGUGGUGGAUGCUACAUAUGGACGAACAGUAUUCGAUGACUUUAGGUCGCCCUCUUGGCAUCAGCGGGAUUGGAGACUGCCCACCUCCCCACGAACUGACCACCGAUCCUCGUAUGCUGCGUUUUGGAGAAUUCGUCAACCACUUCACACUUCUGGCAAGACAGAUAUUGAGUGGCGAUCGGAUGACCGAUGCCAAAAUCGACGAGUUUACUGAUCUACUUAGGACACUUCUGGACACGAUGCCUGAAAUGUUGCAGUUUGACGAGUCUUGGAUUAUAGAGGAGACAGAGAUUCCGGAGUGGCCGCUACGUGUCAUGGCUGCUGUAUACUUUUGCAAAACCCAUACCUAUCUUAUCCUUCUCAACCGUCAGAGAACCGACACAAGUACUGGAUGCACACAAACCCCAAAUACCACAGUCUCCACAUCAUCAUUCCGACCAGUCAACUACAAGCCUUCGCCUAAUCCUUCACCAACCGCGUCAUCGAUGACCUCCCCUCGUGGCCGAUCUUUAGUCCUCUCGUCGUCAGAAGACAUCCUCACAGCUUUUCUAUUCUUCUACCAUAGAGUACCAGCUGCGUUGGUCUCUUGGACUAUUUCUCAACAAGCAUUCAACUCGUGUAUGCUUCUUCUUCUGGACGCCCUGGAGAUUAGACAAAUUACUCCCGCCAUCUUGAAAGUAGAGCAGGCAUAUGUGAUAUUUCUAGAGCUCCAGAAUAACGGAGUUCAUCGACUCGCAAUCCUAGCCGUGGAAAGGAUAAGUUGGGGUUUACAAGAGUUGCACCACGUCCUGAAUCCGACGAAGGGGGAAUCGUUUACACGAGGGUGUCAAGGGUUUGGCGAGGCCGACCUGCAUGGAGACGCUAAAAGUCGAGCAAGAGAUGGUUCACAAGCAUUACCUGACGCCGUUAUGUCCAACACAGGCAUGCUCUUACUGGAGGAUUCAGGUCUACAGUCCUUUAUUCCCGAAAGCUUCGAAGCGUUUUCAUGGAUUGCGGCAGAGAAAGAUGAAUUAGGCGAUACGUCUCCACUCAAGCAAGAGCCAGAUAGACCAGACUUGAGAUGUUCCGAGGAUAUCCAUAAGGCUCGAUCCACACGCAAGGUACAGGAAAUGUGGGAAUCAGCUUCGGGAUCAGUAUCCCCUCGAUAUGCCGUGUCACAACAAAAACAAGGUUGUCAACUACAAGGAAUAACGACUCCGACGCCACGCGCGGGUCUAGCACCGGCUACACAUCAGAAACUCCAUGGAAUAAAAUCGGUUGCGAAAUCUCGUCGCAGACCGGGCCCUUCACCUCGUCAUCGGACUGGACGACAGCGCGAAAUAGUAGAGGCUCGACAACGACGCCACAUUCGUGCUGACGAUCCGCCACAAAUGCCGUCGAGACAUCAUUCCUGGCCAUCCCUUUCCCAGUCUGGGCCAGUGCCGCCGCUCGCGCGCCAUACACGCUUGUCUCCUCGUGGAUCGAGACUCCCCUCCGCGGGUAUUUCGCACAGACAUACGCUUGCAGACUCCGGUCCAGCCCCUGAUCAGCAUCUUUGUCCUGACAUCGUGCCACAGUCAGAUCACAGCCAUUCUGUCACCUGUUCCUCCUGGCUGGCUCAACCGGCUUCUAUGCCGGAUACCGCAGAGCCAGUAGCAAUGCCAACUAUGUCAGGGUAUGGGCAAGAUCAACAAAUGUACCAAUACGAUUUUUCUAGUCGUUUUUCGAACGCGACCCGUAGAGUAUAAUGUCUGUCUUGAGUGUGAAAAUGGAUGUUGAUCCGCACAAGAGAUGGAAUAGGCAUUUCAGGGUCGAAUAUUGUAUAUCCUCUUAGAUAUACAUUUACAUGGCAUUCUCGUCGAAUAAUAUGUAGACUUCGACAAAUUUGCGAUUCACGAUCACGAAGAUUCUUGGUUGUUUCGAUAAAAGGGGGUUUCUCGGUCUCAUGAUACGCAUAUGUUCGCAAAGGACAAUCCAAACGCUGGACAGUUGCUGACGCGUAUUCUCGUAUUGUUUCCGCAUGCGGAGGGCGACGACUGGGAAACCGCAGAUUCUAAUGCUUUCGGCUACCAUAUUGUACCAUCGUUGAGCAGCAUCAAAAGUAAAUCUCAUAUUCAUGUCGG